UGAUCAACGCAUGUGUACAACAUGGAAGCUUUGAGGAGGCAUUGACAUUGUUCCGAGACAUGCAGUUACAACGUGUGGAGCCUGACAAGUUCACUGUUGUCACUCUCCUCACAUGUUGUGCCAAUAUCGGCGCUCUUGAUCAAGGCGAAUGGAUCCAUCAGUAUGCUGAAGGCAGGAAUAUGAAGAUUGAUGCAGUUCUUGGCACGGCAUUGAUUGAGAUGUACUCAAAGUGUGGGCAUGUUGACAAGUCACUGCAAAUCUUUGGGCGAAUGCAAGGCAGAGAUGCUGCAGCCUGGACGGCCAUCAUCUGUGGUCUGGCCACAAAUGGUCAGGCCAGCAAGGCUCUUGAAUUGUUUGAAGAGAUGCAGAGAAGCAAAACAAAGCCUGAUGGUAUCACGUUCAUUGGAGUACUGAAUGCCUGUUGCCAUGGUGGCUUGGUCGAUGAAGGACGGAGACAUUUCCAAGCCAUGAAGGAGAUCUAUCAGAUAGAGCCAAGAAUCGAACAUUAUAGCUGCCUUGUCAAUCUUCUAGGUCAUGCUGGUCUACUAUAUGAAGCUGAGAAGUUGAUCAGGGACAUGCCUGUUAACAAUGACACUAUGCCUCUGUUUGGUGCACUCCUCACUGCUUGCAAAGCUUAUGGCAAUGUUGAGAUGAGCGAACGCUUGACAAAAAGAAUUGCCAAGGAAGAUUGUUCCCAAAAUCCUGAUGUUAAUGUCCUCAUGUCUAAUGUGUAUGCAACAGCUAGUCGAUGGGAGGAAUCAAUAAGAGUGAGAAGUAAGAUGACACAUCCUGCGGUCAAGAAGACUGCAGGUUGCAGCAUGAUUGAGACUUCUGGAGUUUGUUAGAUAAAGGAAGCUUAGUCAACAUUGCUGGAAUAAUCAAGACAUACAGUACAGCAAAAUGUAGUGUUCGUUCUCUGAGUUUGGAUUGAAGCAGUUUAUGUCCACAUAGCCUUUCAGAAAGAUUUCCAUGUAAAGUUUAUACACCUGCAAGGAAAAAGAUGAGCUACAUAUGAUUAAUAUUAAGGAAGAGAGGGGUAAAGAACCCCACAAACACAUACCCAACCAGUUUGCAGAUGUGAAUAUACCUAAUGGACCACCUUCCAUUCUCAGUAAAAGGUCAAAUUCUCAAUUCCUAGCUUAGCAGUUCCAAUCAUGACAAAUCUUAUGACAACAAUAUAUGAUGUUGGCCACUGUGUCGACUCAUGAAUAUGCAAGACCUUGCAGUUGCUGAUGAUUCUGCAAUUCAGCUGGAGCCUGGUCGUCGAGACUUGCAGGGCUUCUCAAAUUAGGGUGUUCAAUGCUGUGGUGUCUUCCUGUUUGAUAUUGGAAUCUGGCAUUCAGAUUGUGACCAACUUGCUUUCUGAACAUGUCAAUGCUCCUAGAUUACUUUUGGCUCGCCUCUGGAUUAGCAAGACAAAUGUGGUGCCGUUACUUGUUUGCUUGGCUACCUCAUAACAUUGACAAAACUUUUGCAAUUAGUC